UCUCCUUCCUCUCUCUCUCUCUCUCUCUCUCUCCUCUGCGUUCCAGAUCGCCGCCCACCGCGAGGGAGGAAUUCCGCGUAGCGGCGAGGGGGAGGAGGAGGAGGAGGGCGCGCGUGCCCAGAUCUGCGCGGUCGCCGGGCGGGGAUGGCGUGCAUCAAGAGCGCGCAGAGGGCGGCGCUGACGGCGCUGGCGCCGGAGGCGCCGUACCUCGCCGCCGGCACCAUGAGCGGCGCCGUCGACCUGCACUUCUCCGGCUCCGCCAACAUCGAGAUCUUCCGCCUCGACUUCCAGUCCGACUCGCCCGACCUCCCGCUCCUCGCCUCCGCGCCCUCCCCCGACCGCUUCAACCGCCUCUCCUGGUCCCGCCCGGGCGCCGCCGAGGGUGAUUCCUUCUCCCUCGGGCUCCUCGCCGGUGGCCUCAGUGAUGGCUCUGUCGCCGUGUGGAAUCCGCUCAGCAUGAUCAACUCCGAGGGGAAAGCGGAGGACGCCAUGGUCGCGCGGCUCGAGAAGCACACAGGGCCGGUUUGCGGACUGGAGUUUAGCGAGCUCACUCCGAAUCGGCUCGCCUCAGGGGCUGACGAGGGGGAGCUUUGCAUCUGGGAUCUCAAGAACCCCUCCGAGCCAGUCGUGUUUCCGCCACUCAAGAGUGUUGGCUCCAGUGCUCAAGUUGAAAUAUCUUAUUUGACAUGGAACCCCAAGUUUCAACAUAUUCUAGCGACCGCUUCUAGUAAUGGGAUGACAGUUGUUUGGGAUUUAAGAAACCAGAAACCAUUGACUAGCUUUUCAGAUUCAAACAGAAGGAAAUGCUCUGUUCUCCAAUGGAACCCUGACAUGUCCACCCAGCUAAUUGUUGCAUCAGAUGAUGAUAACUCCCCAUCUUUGAGAGUUUGGGAUGUGAGGAAAACCAUUUCACCAGUAAGAGAAUUUGUGGGACAUUCAAAAGGUGUAAUUGCUAUGUCGUGGUGCCCCUAUGAUAGUUCAUAUUUGCUUACUUGUUCUAAAGAUAAUAGAACAAUAUGCUGGGAUACUGUUAGUGGAGAGAUUAUGAGUGAGCUACCGGCAAGCUCAAAUGGUAACUUUGACGUUCACUGGUAUCGAAAAAUACCAGGUGUUGUUGCAGCGUCCUCAUUUGAUGUGAAAAUCGGCAUAUACAACUUAGAGUUCUCUGGCCUUUAUGCAGCUGGUGAUAGUGCAAUUGGUGCCCCAGCACGACCAAGAGCGCCAGCUCCAAAAUGGUUGAAAUGCCCCACCGGUGCAUCUUUCGGCUUUGGGGGCAAGCUUGUUUCUUUCCAUCAAGCAGCGCCCACCCAAGGUUCACAAGUGGCUACUUCAGAGGUGCAUGUACAUAAUUUGGUGAUUGAGCAGAGUCUGGUUAGCCGGUCAACUGAAUUUGAAGCUGCUAUACAGAAUGGAGACAAAAGUUCACUGCGUGCUCUAUGUGACAAAAAAUCACAAGAGUCUUUAUCUGAUGAGGAGAGAGAAACAUGGAGCUUCCUAAAGGUAAUGUUUGAGGAUGGGGAUGUUGCCAGGACAAAGCUGCUUGCUCAUCUUGGCUUCAACCCACCUCAAGAACCAACUUCAGAUUCAACAGAUGAACUGAACAGGACACUGGCAGAUACUCUUAACCUUGAUCAUGGCACACCAACUGGUACUUCAGAUGCUCAAUUCAUGGUUGAUAACGGCGAAGAUUUUUUCAACAAUCCUCAACCUUCAGAGGCUAGCUUGGCUGAAGAACCGAUUUCUACAAAUGGUCAACAGAACGAGCCAGAAAUGCCUGUAAAUGUUGUGCCAUCUGAUCCAGCAGUUGACAGAAGUAUUCAACAUGCACUCGUAGUUGGUGACUACAAAGGAGCAGUUAACCUGUGCCUUGCUGCAAAUCGUAUGGCUGAUGCUCUGGUUAUCGCCCAUGCUGGUGGUUCUGCUCUAUGGGAAAGCACAAGAAAUCAGUAUCUUAAGAAUACUAUUUCUCCCUAUCUGAAGGUUGUUUCUGCUAUGGUUGGCAAUGAUUUGAUGAGUUUUGUGAGUACCUGGCCAUUAAAUGCAUGGAAGGAGACACUUGCGCUACUGUGCACAUUUGCCAGGAAAGAGGAAUGGAAUGUUUUAUGUGAUACCCUUGCAUCCAGACUCUUGGGUGUUGGAGAUACACUAGCUGCGACUCUUUGCUAUAUUUGUGCUGGAAAUAUUGACAAAGCUGUGGAAAUAUGGUCUCGCAACUUGAAGUCUGAAGAUGGUGGGAAGACUUAUGUUGAUCUUCUCCAGGAUUUGAUGGAGAAGACCAUUACUCUCGCCCUUGCUACAGGGCACAAGAGCUUUAGUGCAUCACUGUCUAAGCUUGUUGAAAACUAUGCUGAACUUUUGGCCAGUCAAGGCCUUCUUAAAACUGCAAUGGAGUACCUAAAAUUGCUGGGAUCUGGUGAACAUUCACAUGAGCUGGCAAUACUGAGAGACCGAAUUGCAUUUUCUACAGAAGAGAAUGAUGCUGCCAGUAGUUCGGUUCAUGCGAGCAGUGUUAAUAAUUCCUCCUAUCCCACGGCCCAAUCGAGCUAUACCACCCCAGAUCCUUCUCAGAAUCUUUACCAGGGUGCUCAACAAUAUAAUGCACCAAGUAAUGCAUAUUCAGAUUACCAGCAACCACCUGUCACGGCAUAUGGAACAUACAACAGCACAUAUCAAUCUCAACAAUCAGCCCAGAUGUUUGUUCCUUCAAACACCACACCGGUUGUCUCCCAGCCAAAUUCAACUCCAGCACCGGCGCCGCAACAAACAGUGAAGGCAUUUACUCCUGCCAACUUGCCUGGUCUAAAAAAUCCUGAGCAAUACCAACAACCAAAUACCUUGGGCUCCCAGCUUUAUGCGGGUAAUAAUCCAUCAUAUACUUCUGGACAAUCCACUCCAUAUCAAAGCGUACCUCCCACUACAUACCAUCAACCUAGAUCACCUGCACAGUUCCAAACAGUUCCACCAGUACCUCCUGCUGUUCCUGGUGCUUCUGUACCAGGAACGAUCCCAGGUCAGAUGUUCCCUGGUCCAGUUGCAAGCAACCAAGCAUCCAGGUUUAUGCCAUCAAGCAAUCCAGGUUUUGUUCAGAGGCCAGGUUUGAGUCCUGUACAGCCCUCAAGUCCAACACAGGCACAGGGACAGCCACAGCCUGUUGUUGCGCCUCCUGCGCCUCCCCCAACUGUGCAGACAGCUGAUACAUCAAAGGUGUCUGCUGAGCUGAGACCUGUUAUUGGAACACUGACUAGAUUAUUUGAUGAGACAUCAAAAGCUAUGGGAGGAUCACAAGUUAAAAAACGUGAAAUUGAAGACAACUCAAGAAAGAUCGGGGCGCUAUUCGCAAAACUCAAUUCUGGGGAUAUAUCUCCAAAUGUAUCAUCAAAACUCAUUCAGUUGUGCAGUGCACUUGAUAGCAGUGAUUUUGCCACAGCGAUGCACCUUCAGGUUCUUCUGACAACGAGCGACUGGGACGAGUGUAACUUUUGGCUUGCAGCGUUGAAGCGUAUGAUCAAGACAAGGCAGAAUUUCAGAAUGUAAACGUGUGGCGUUCUGCAGCUAGUUCUGUAUACACACCUUUUUCUACUUACCAAAAUUGUUAGUGCUAGCAACUUAUGAGGGUUUGUCUGCACAGAGGUGCUUUCUUGCUUCUUGUGUUCUAUUCUGCCAAUUCUACUGAAGCUUGUGGCUAGAAGUGGUCUGUUGUUUGGAUCCCAUUACUUUUUGAUAGUUCGACAUUUCUAUGUGAGGAUCAGUUCUUGGGUGAUGGUGGUUGAAUUUAUGAGGAUCAAAAUUGUAAGUGGGCACCUAGUCUGUUAUAGCUGGCCCAUUUUGUUUUACCUUAUAUAAAUUAGAUUUUAUCAGCCUGGACAUUGGAACUACUCUCGAUAAUUAAUACAAGGAUAUUGGCUUGUUUAUUG